AUGGAUAUUACUGGCAGUGGUUCGACCAAGGCGGGCAGCGCCGCCCGAGAAGAACAGACGAUGCUCAACAGAAUAAGCAAGGUUGAAGACCUUAGCAGCGAUCAGGGCGCGUUGAGGCUCGUGUUAGCGAUUACCACAAGCGUAUAUCGUCGUCAGAUCGGAUCAGACAGGUUAGACCUGGCCAGAUCAGAUGCAGCGCAGAUCAGGUCACGAGACUUUGACCAAGCUGGGCACUUGAAGUUGGGAGGACAAGGUCAAAAACCGGAAUCGGGACUAAUGGUUUGGCUUUCAAAUGUUGACUCGUACUUUGUACAAUGA